GUCCUGGCCAUCCCCCCCAUGAGUGCGGCAAGGUUUCCAAGGUUUAGUUAAACCGGCCGGACCCGCAUGGAGCCAUUGCCAAUCCACACCCCUGGUCGAUCAGCUGCGUCAUUCCGAGGUCUCUGAACAGUGUUUCAGCAAGCUCGUCAACGUCUUCGACUUUUCGUCUUUUAAGACGCAAUUGCACCACUCCAACUCUCUUUCUCGAACUCCAAGCUACUACGGCGCAACGCGCAAUCUCACCACCAUACUCUUCGUCUGUCGAACGCAGAAGCUGCAGCUUUUUCUGUCAUCAUGGCCUCGACCUCGCUAGUGUGGUCGCCCGCACCAUACCACCUCAUCACAUACUCCACACUCUUGGGAACACAGGUUUUCCACUCCUUCUACAAUGCGACAGUAGCCUACAAGACCCUCGAGCGCCCACAGUUCGCUGUCCUCCAGCGCGCCCUGUUCCCGGGGUACUUUGGCCUGCAGGCUGCCGCACCCAUCCUCCUCGCCCUGACCUACCCGGCCCGGAAGCUCUUUGACGCCAAGCUCUCGUCCUCGGGCAUCUUUGGCGUGCUCGAGCGCGAGAACCGCUGGACCGUCCUCGCCCCCUUGGCGACCGCCUUCGUCACGGGCCUGGUCAACCUGGUGUACUUGCUGCCGGAGACGAACAAGAUUACUGCCAAGCGGAGGGCGCAGGAGACCAAGGACGGCAAGCGCAGCUGGGAUACGCCUCCGCACUCGGAGGAGAUGGCGACUCUCAACCGACAGUUUGGUCAGAUCCACGGCAUCUCGUCGCUGCUCAACCUCAUCACUCUCGGCGCCACGCUCGUCUACGGCUUCGGUCUAUCCAAGCGCAUCGAAUAGACGGGGCGCCGCGUUAGUGAUGCUUGCCAGAAGCACGCCUAGUAAUUCGAUGUUGAGAACUGCAAGGAGCACGAUCCGUGUGUAGGAGAAUGGGUAUAAUU